UUCCCUCACAUCCUUGUAAGCAACAAUUAAACAGCUCUGGGAUAAAACAGACUGCUGGAGAGGGUUCUAGGGCAUUUCUUCAAGAGAUGGCAACGCGGACGGUUGGGUUCUGUCUCCUCGGAGCAAUCUUCCUCCUCCUCCUCCUCCACCCCUCUGAGCAAGGAGGGGUCCCGGGGGCGGUCCCGGGGGCGGUCCCCGGUGGAGUCCCAGGUGGAGUAUUUUACCCAGGAGCAGGGCUCGGUCUGGGCCCCGGAGGACUAGGAGGGGCAGGGCUCGGUGCUGGAGGAAAGCCUCCCAAGCCAGGCGUCGGAGGGAUCGGAGGAUUCGGGCCCGGAGGAGUCGGGGUUCAGCCUGGGGCGUUCCCAGGCGGGCUGUACCCAGGGGGUGUCUACCCAGGUGGCCUUGGACUCGGAGCGGGCUUUAAACCGCCCAAGCCUGGUGCUGGAGUUGGCGGGGUCGGAGGGGUCGGAGGGGUUGGAGGCGUUACCACAGGUGCCGUGGUGCCCCAGCCGGGCGUAGGUGUGGGUGCUGCCGGCAAACCCGGGAAAGUGCCAGGUGUGGGCCUUCCAGGUGUGUAUCCUGGUGGAGUUCUUCCAGGGGCAGGUACCCGCUUCCCUGGGGUCGGCGUCCUACCCGGCGUGCCAACGGGCGCAGGAGUGAAACCCAAAGCCCCAGGAGUCGGUGGCGCAGGAGCUUUUGGGGGAAUCCCAGGGGUCGGGCCUUUCGGCGGGCAGCAGCCUGGAGUCCCUUUGGGGUACCCCAUCAAGGCUCCCAAACUCCCAGGUGGCUAUGGACUCCCAUAUAGUACUGGGAAGUUGCCUUAUGGUUACGGGCCAGGAGGUGUGGCUGGGGCCGGAGCAGGUAAAGCCGGCUACCCGACGGGGACAGGAGUUGGGCCUCAAGCAGCGGCAGCUGCCAAGGCAGCGAAAUACGGUGCCGGGGUGGGGGCUGGAGCUCUUCCUGGCUUUGGGGUCGGAGGUGCCGGGGUCCCUGGAAUCGGUGGAAUUCCAGGAGUGGGAACCCCGGCCGGAGCGGCGGCGGCGGCGGCGGCGGCAGCUAAGGCGGCCAAGUUUGGAGCAGCGGGUGGCGUCGGAGGUCUCGGAGGGGUCCCCGGAGGCCUGGUGCCCGGCGUGGGAGGGGUCCCCGGAGGCCUGGUGCCCGGCGUGGGAGGGGUCCCAGGCGGUGUAGGAACCCCAGCGGGAGCAGCAGCAGCCAAAGCGGCGGCCAAGGCGGCCAAGUAUGGGGUUGGUGCUGGGGGCGUGCCCGGCUUCGGAGUCGGGGCCGGCGGUGUACCUGGCUUCGGGGUCGGGGCCGGAGGCGUGCCCGGGAUCGGGGGCAUUGCGGGAGUAGGAACCCCGGCGGGAGCUGCGGCGGCCAAAGCGGCGGCCAAGGCGGCCAAGUACGGAGCAGCGGGCGGCGUCGGAGGCCUCGGUGUUGGAGGUCUAGGAGGGGUCCCCGGAGGCCUGGUGCCCGGCGGCCUCGUGCCCGGCGUAGGAGGGGUCCCUGGCGGAGUAGGAACUCCAGCAGGAGCAGCUGCAGCCAAAGCCGCGGCCAAGGCGGCCAAGUUCGGAGCAGCGGGUGGCGUCGGGGGCGUUGGAGUUGGAGGUGUGGGUGUGCCUGGGGUCGGUGGUGUUCCAGGACAAGUGGCUCUGGCCCAGGCCCAGGCCCAAGCCCAGGCCCAGGCGGCGGCUAAAGCGGCCAAGUACGGAGCGGGAGCCCUCGGAGUCCCAGGAGCCGGAGCCCCGGCUGGUUUCGUCCCCUUCCUCGGGGCCGCAGGGGUCCCCGGUUACGGCAGCCUUGUAGGACCGGCAGGUCAGAUUCCAGGCGCGGCUGCAGCCAAAGCAGCCAAGUAUGGAGCAGCGGGCGGCGUCGGAGGCCUGGGCGUUGGAGGCCUCGGAGGUCUCGGAGGGGUCCCCGGAGGCCUGGUGCCCGGCGUGGGCGGGGUCCCCGGAGGCCUGGUGCCCGGCGUGGGCGGGGUCCCUGGCGGCGUAGGAGCCCCGGCGGGGGCAGCAGCAGCCAAAGCGGCGGCCAAGGCGGCUAAGUACGGAGCAGCGGGCGGCGUCGGAGGCCUCGGUGUUGGAGGUGUAGGAGGGGUCCCAGGAGGCCUGGUGCCUGGCGUAGGAGGGGUCCCUGGCGGCGUAGGCACUCCAGCGGGAGCAGCUGCGGCCAAAGCGGCCAAGUUCGGUGCCGGAGUUGGGCCAGGGGCAGGAGUGAUUCCCGGUGCAGGUCUCCCCAUUGCAGGAGUGGGUGGCAUCGGAGGCGUUCCAGGACUGCUGUACCCCGGAGCUGGUGCGAAGCCCCCUAAGCCAGGCUUUGGGGUUGGACUCGGUGCUGGAGGCGUGCCCGCAGGAGCUGCUGGAGGGCCUGGAUUCGGACUGUCUCCCAUUUACCCAGGGGGCGGAGUCGGCGGCCUGGGCUUCGGAGGGAAGCCCCCCAAGCCAUACGCUGGAGGGCUUGGAGCCCUAGGAUUCAGAGGUGGCGCUUGUUCAGGGAAGUACUGCGGCCGGAAGAGGAAGUAGCUGCCCGGCACCUGCCAAUCAACCUCAUGAACUUUGGUGCUACUGCAUGGUCCAGAAUGUAACCCCUCGAGGCCCCCCUGCCCCUCCGCCCUCCCCCGCCCGCCCUCCCCUCUCCCCUGCCUUCGCACUGGAUGGGACCCCCUCCCGUGCCACCCUCCGGGUGGGGGUCCCAGUUGGUGGGCGGGGAGGGAAGGGGCGUAGGAGGCGCAAGCUGAAAAGCAAACAAACAAACCAAUCUCCAAAGGGGCUGAGAAACGUUGGCUUAGAACAGUGCCUAGGGGCAGGGGCGGGGUGGGGGGCACUCAGAGGUCCCACUUAGGAGCUCCCCUCUCCGAGCAGGGAUCUCAAAGCUUCUCCGAGGGGAAAAUGGUGCUACCCAUUGGUGCUCUAGACUCUCGCGGUGAGGGCAGGGAGGUGGGACGGGCAGCCUUGGCGGGAACCCUCAGAGCAGCACGCUGGGGCUACGGCUGUGGACUGUACCUCCUUCCCCCCACCCCGCCUGUACCCCGGGCAUCUCCCCCCCCACCCCACCCCCUCGUUAGUCCGGCCGAAACCACCCCAGGGGCCGGGGGACCCGGCACGAGGGUCAGGCAGAAAUCCGGGUCGGGUUUUCUCUCCAAGCACUUUAAGAUCAGCCUCGGGCCUGGAUACGGUCCUGUCACGGUCCCCCCUCCUGCCCCUCUCCACCCUCCCCGCUUCUGGCCUCCAGGAUCUGAGGGGGGCAGGGGGACGGCGGCAGGACUCGGGCCCCAGGCUCUGGGCGGCUCCCCGGUUCUGAGGAGUAAUGGUGACCGGCUGGGCCAUCGCCUUUUGGGAGUGGAGUCCCCCCCAGAGCGCGGCGGCCCGGUCCUCCCAGAAUCCCCCAGCGUGGUGCUGCCCAGUCGGUGGAAGCCGACUGGGGCUGUGGCCCGUCUUCCUCCUGGCUCUACAGAGCGGGGUUCCCGGCGGACACCCCGAGGGCCCGGGCCGGGACGCGUGGCCGGCAGAACCCAGCCCCGCUCUCCGAGGGGGCCCCACAGACCCCGGGGGGUGGAGAUGAGAGGUUCUCCUCUCCCCCGACCCCGGCUCCGUGCCCCCAGCCAGCUCUCAGUACUGUACCACCCGUCUCUCAAGCCACUGUCCAUCAGAACAGCCCCACCGCCCUCCCCCGAGGCCCCUCUCCCCAUGUCUCUCUGUGAUAGAUCAAUAAAUAUUUUAUUUUUUGUCCUGGA